AUGGAGAAUGAGAGAUUCAAACGGAAAGUGUUGACUUCACUCGGAGGAAUUAUAGUUUGUAUGCUAUUUGAGAUGAUUUAUUACACUCUUCCAGUUGAUUAUCAGACACUUCAAACCUACACUCUAAAAGUGUCAAUUCUCAUAUUUUACAUCGAAUUGGUGCCGAUUGCAUGGAGAUUUUUCACCACAUUCCGGGAGAUGUACCGGUUUUCAGAUGCUAUUCCGAUUUAUAUUGCCCUCUUUCUGGGAAAUAAAUUAUUGAGAUUUGCUCACAAACCGACGACGCCCGGUAUCUUCAUGGCACUUUCCGAUUUCUAUUUUGUAUGGGAUGACCGAGUUCUGAUGGAUCGAAAAGUUCUCGUCCAGAAUAUUGUUUAUGUUACAGUCAAGGAAAGAAUUGAUAGUGAUGAGCAUCGUGAUCGUCAGGAUGAUAAUGGUGGGGAUGACGAAGGCGACGAUGAGGAUGAGGAUGAUGACGAUGAUGAGGAUGAGGAGGAAGAGGAGGAGGAUGAUGAUCAUGAAAACGAUGACAAGGACGAGAGUGAGGAUGAAGGAAAAGAAGCAGAUCGUCGUGAAACCAGAACCAGGCACCACAGCAGCAACGAUGGAUCUGAUUCUGAUGGCUUGAACGAGUCAGGCAACAAUAAGCUUCGUAGGCCCGCGAACGCCAAUUCUAGAACGGUGCAGUCUUCGUCUUCAUCCUCGUCAUCCGACGCUGAUUCCUCCGAAAGUGAGUACGUGCUGCCUCGCUCCUCACGAUUUGGACAGAGAAUGCAAAAAUUUGAUAAGCCAAGCUCAUCAUCGGGACCUUCAAAUGAAAAAACAAAGGUCAACAAUGUCAAGGAUUCUAAAAGUUCUAAAAAGCAGAAGAGCCGCCAAAAAAAUGCACCUCAAUCUACAUCACCCGCUUUGGCUCGAUCCCGAAAUUCAUCUCCACUUUCCUCUGCUGCUGAGAAGGCCGAAAUUAUCCAUGGAACAUCUAAAGCCUCCAUUAGACGAACUCAACGUGGAAAAGGAAGACGUGACGGAAUGGUGUUCAGUGCAGAGAUUCGUCAACAGCAAAUGGAUAAAAACCAUAGGAACUCUGGAAAAAAACCGGCAAGAGGAAAAGGAAGCAGAGGUGGAAAAGUUGCCAAUCAGCUAAGGAAGGAGAAAGAGGACCGACUGUCAAGAGCAAGGGAUGAAGAGGCAAACGAAGAUGAAGAAGCUGAAGAGAGGAGGAAUCUAAUUGCUGAGAAAACGAAAAAGACGGGAUCAAAGAAAACGAAGAAAGCAAAAGAACUUGGGAAAGCUGAGACCCAGGAUGCAAAUCCGAUUGCCGGGAGGACGAGGAAUGCGGCAGCGACGAAGACGAAGGAAGGCAAUGAAGUGGAGGAAGCGGAGGCUCCAAUCUCCGAGCGGACCAGAAAUGCAGGUACGAAGGAACCAAAAGGACAAGGAAAGAAGAAGAAGAAUGGCGGAAAAGGCAAGAAAAACGGCAGCAAGAAGAAAAAUUGA